CAGCGACUGCGUUGCUUUUGUUUUGACGGCUGUAACCGGAAACAGCUACAUUUGGUUCUGCUGCCUUGAUACCGUUCUUCGCAUUUAAAUGCAGCCGGGGGGCAGGCAUAUGAUGAAGACAGAAUCACAUGGACUCAGUUUAUCAUUUAGAGUCCAGUUGUUCAUCACCUCCGCUCUCUGGGGACAUGUCCAGCCUCGCUGUAUAACAUAUAUCUUUGUUUUCAGCCACUUUCCGAACUUUCUCUUCCGUCUGGACCACUUGUUUUGUUCGCACUUUCUGUUGGACUAUCCCGGUGCACUGACCGGCUCCUGCUUCACUUUUGGGACCAUGCUGCUAACUUCGCAUGCAACCUGUUGAGUGAUGUGAAAGUUUGGAACGGCAGAAGGGAAACAAGUUUUUUCAAAAUUUUUUUUGUUUUUGUUUAUUUCACCCACAAUGACAGAGGAGAGCAGGAGUGAGCACAGAGCUGAGAGCGGAAAGGACCUGGAGAAACAGCUGCGGCUGCGAGUCUGCGUCCUGAACGAACUUUUGAAGACGGAGCGGGAUUAUGUUGGAACUCUGGAGUUUCUGUCGGUGUUUCUUCAUCGCCUCAACCAGUACGCUGCCACCAAGCUGGACAAGAACAUCACAGAGGAAACAGUGAAGGUUUUAUUUUCCAACAUACAAGAGAUUCUGGCUGUUCACAAAGACUUCCUGUCCAUGGUGGAGGAGCUGCUGCAGCCUGACCCCCAUGCUCAUCAUGAAAUUGGGCGAUGCUUCUUGCACUUUAGGAGCCGUUUCCAGAUUUAUGAUGAAUAUUGUGGGAACCAUGAAAAGGCCCAGAGGCUGCUGCUGGAGCUCAAUAAGAUCAGAAGUGUUCGGACGUGUUUACUGAACUGCAUGUUGCUGGGCGGCAGAAAAAACACAGAGGUCCCACUGGAGGGUUACCUGGUCGCUCCCAUUCAGAGGAUCUGCAAGUACCCACUGCUGCUCAGAGAGCUGCUGAAGAGGACCCCGAAGAAGCACAACGACUACGGCCUGGUGCAGGAGUCUCUGCAUGUGAUGAAGGCGGUGUGCUCCAGCAUUAAUGAAGCCAAGAGACAGAUGGAGAAGAUGGAGAUUUUGGAAGAGUGGCAGUCACACAUCGAGGGCUGGGAGGGCUCUAAUAUAACGGACACGUGCACGGAGAUGCUCAUGCAGGGAGUUCUGUUGAAGAUUUCAGCUGGAAACAUACAGGAGAGGAUUUUCUUCCUUUUCGACAAACUCCUGGUCUACUGCAAGAAGAAGAACAGGCGUUUAAAAAACAGUAAAACGGCCACAGAUGGUCCUCGCUACCUGUUCAGAGGGAGAAUCAACACUGAGGUGAUGGAGGUGGAAAAUGUGGACGACGGCACGGCCGACUACCACAGCAGCGGGAACAUCGUCAACAAUGGCUGGAAGAUCCACAACACGGCCAAGAACAAGUGGUUCGUCUGCAUGGCCAAGACCCCGGAGGAGAAGCAGGAGUGGCUGGAGGCCAUCAUGAAGGAGAGGGAGCGCAGGAAAAGUCUGAGGCUGGGCAUGGAGCAGGAUACGUGGGUGAUGGUGUCAGAGAAGGGGGAGAAGCUCUACCACCUCAUGACCAAGGGAAACCUCAUUAAGGAUCGGAAACGCAAGCUCACCACGUUCCCCAAGUGCUUCCUGGGAAGUGAGUUUGUGUCAUGGCUGAUGGAAAUUGGUGAGACGGGAAACCCAGAGGAAGGAGUUCAUCUUGGCCAAGCUCUGCUGGAGAACGGCAUCAUUCACCACGUCACAGACAAACACCAGUUCAAACCCGAGCCUGUGCUGUACCGCUUCCGCUUCGAUGAUGGCACCUACCACCCCAGGAGUGACAUGCAUGACGUCAUUUCAAAGGGUGUUCGGCUCUUCUGUCGUCUCCAUAGUCUUUUCACUCCAGUCAUCAGGGACAAAGAUUACCAUUUGCGGACGUACAAGUCGGUGGUGAUGGCGAACAAGCUCAUAGACUGGCUGAUUGCACAGGGCGACUGCAGAACCAGAGAGGAAGCGUUGAUUUUGGGGGUGGAGCUGUGCGACAAUGGCUUCAUGCAUCACGUGUUGGAAAAGAGUGAGUUCAAGGAUGAGCCUUUGCUGUUCCGUUUCUUUGCUGACGAGGAGAUGGAGGGUUCCAACACCAAGCACAAGCCUGUAAAACAUGACUUGAAAAUAGUGGAGAACGUGAUCUCCAAGUCUCUCCUGAUAAGGCCCAGUGAUGGAGGCUAUGGAUUUACCCUGGAAGAGAGAAACAAAGUCCCCAUCAUCAAAUCUGUGGAGAAGGGCUCACCAGCUGAGAUGGCCGGUCUGGAAGUAGGGAAGAAGCUGUUUGCCAUAAAUGGAGAUCUGGUGUUCCUUAGACCGUUCUCUGAAGUGGAAGCUCUCCUCAGGCAGUGUUUCAACAGCAAAGGCCCGCUCAGAGUGCUGGUCAGCACCAAACCCAGAGAGACAGUAAAGAUCCCAGACUCGGCUGAUGGACUCGGUUUCCAGAUCCGUGGCUUUGGUCCAUCUGUGGUGCACGCUGUCGGUAGAGGCACAGUGGCAGCCGUCGCUGGCCUCCACCCGGGACAGUGCAUCAUCAAGGUCAACGGCAUCAAUGUCAGCAAAGAGAGUCACGCCAGCGUCAUCGCUCAUGUCACAGCCUGCAGGAAGUACAGGCGACCCUCACAGCAAGAUACCAUUAAAUGGGUGUAUAACAACACGGAGAGCGCCCAGGAGGACAACCAGAGGGCCAGCCAGAAACACACCACGGAGGAGAAUGGCGACGUCUUCGAGUGCAAAGUGGAAGAGGUGAUAGACAAGUUCAACACCAUAGCCAUCAUCGAUGGGAAGAAGGACCACGUGAGCCUGACUGUGGACAACGUCCACCUGGAGUACGGAGUGGUGUACGAGUACGACAGCACAGCAGGCGUCAAGUGCCAAGUCCUGGAAAAAAUGGUGGAGCCGAAGGGGUUUUUCAGCCUCACCGCAAAGAUCCUGGAGUCGCUGGCACGUAAUGAUGACACGCUGGUGCAGAUGUGCAGCAGGUUGAGUUCCAGCUGUGACGUCAUCCCUGAGGAGCUGCAGUUACGCUUCAGUGCCAUGUGUGGUGACAGGGUGGAGCACAUUAACCGUCGCAUCACCAACUACAGAAAGUUUGCUCGGGUACUGAAGAACAGAGCGUGGCCCACCUUCAAACAGGCCAAGGCCAAGGUGUCCCCCCUCCACAGCAGCGACUUCUGCCCUACUAACUGCCACAUCAAUGUGAUGGAGGUCUCCUACCCUAAAACCACCACCUCUCUGGGCAGUGCCUUUGGUGUUCAGCUGGACAACAGGAAAAACACACCAGAAAAGGGGGGGCGCAGCAGUGCUGAACAAGUUAAGCCGAGUGCCAUGGUGAACGUCCAGUACACCAUCACCAGCAUGGCGGCUCCCUCGGGUCACAGCCUGGGCAGGACAGAAGGACACGGCCUUCGCUUCCUGCUCAGAGAAGAUGACCUGCUGACCCUGGACGCGUAUCAGAAACUCCUCUACAAACUCAGCACAGCUGUCACGGAGAUGGAGACGCACGGCGCCCACAUUCAUGACAUUCUGUCCUCCAUCACCCACCCUCCAGCAUCAGAGCUGAGGACCCCAGAGAGUUACAUCUCUGCAGAGAGUGAGGGGGAGAAGGGAGAGCGAAACGGGAAGAAAGUUUGCUUCAACGUGGCUGGUGACGAGCAGGAAGACUCUGGACACGACACCAUCAGUAACAGAGACUCCUACAGUGACUGUAACAGCAACAGGAACUCCAUUGCCUCCUUCACCAGCAUCUGCAGCAGCCACUGCAGCUCCUACGUCCACAGCGAUGACAUGGACUCAGGCGAUGAGAUGCCGUCCAGUGUGUGGCUGUCACAUGAUAAGCAGAAGAAACUUCACAGCUUUUUGGAGCAUCUCUUUAGCCAGGUGGACUCCGUCACUAGCAUGCUGCGUGGAGCGGUGGUGGCUCGGGCCUUCGAGCAGACAAAAUGUUUCACUCCUGGAAGAGGGUUACAAGACUUCCAGCAGGAGAUGGAGCCCAAGGUGAACUGCACUAAGAAGCUGCGUCUCCACGUCAAACAGGAUCCCUGGAACCUUCCCAGCAGCGUUCACACCCUCACACAGACCAUCUCCAAAUAUGUGGAAGAGGUGAAGACCCGGCUGCUGCUGGUUUUACUACAGUACACAGACUCAGAGAUCCAGCUGCGUCGGGACAUGGUGUUCUGUCAGUCUCUGGUCGCUGCCGUGUGUGCGUUCACAGAACAUCUGCUGGCCGUGCUCAACAAGUUCCACAAUGUGAACAGGGAGGACCAGGACACCUCGGACCCGCAGGACCAUCAGGACUCCCAAGAAGCCAGUCGCCAAUGGUUGGAGCAGAUUGCCAGCACUGGGCUGCUCCUCCACUUCCAGUCCCUGCUCUCGCCCAACCUGACUGACGAGCAGGCCAUGUUGGAGGACACCGAGGUGGCCCUCAUUGACCUAGAGAAGGUCACAUUCUAUUUCCGACAGUUUGAAGGAGAGCCUCUGGUGGCCAACAUGCCCAUCUCAUAUCAAGUCGAGGGCACGCGUCAGGCCUUGAAAGUUUGCUUCUUCCUGGAGAGUUUUUACUUCUCCCAGCUGCCUCACAGACUGAGAAACGGAGGAGGAAUCAAGAUUUAUCCUGUGCUCUUCACUCAAGCGCUGGAAAGUAUGGAGGGAUACUACUACAGAGACAAUGUUUCAGUAGAGGAGUACCAGGCCCAGAUCAACUCAGCCUCACUGGAGAAGGUCAAGCAGCACUACAAGAGACUGAGGGCUUUCCACCUGGAUCAGUCCAACAUGCCGCCGAGCUCUGCACCCAAAGCUGCCCUCAUCUAUAAGCUGAUGCGUCCUCUCAAUGCUCUGGAGGAGCUCUACCGCCUCAUGGAGAGCUUCAUAAGUUGUCGCCGCACGGCGGCCUGUCAGAACACGGCCUGUGGGGCGUCAGGAGUGGGUCUGCUCACCGUGGCCUCUGAGCUCUGCUCACGGCUGGGUGCCACACACAUCGUCAUGUGCAACAGCGGCGUUCACCGCUGCACCCUGAGCGUGACAUUGGAGCAGGUCAUCCUUCUGGCCCGGAAUCACGGCCUGCCUCCUCGCUGCAUCAUGCAGUCCACUGAUGUCAUGAGGAAACAGGGAGCAAGAGUUCAGAAUUCUGCCAAGAAUCUGGGAGUUAGAGAUCGCACACCGUCGUCUGUGCCGAGGUUGUACAAGCUGUGCCAGCCUCCUCCCCCCGACGGUGACCCAUAAUGCACCGCACCACAGGAACAUGCUGAAUACAAACUAGGGGAAACUUCCUCCCUCCACCACUGUGCUCUUAACGUCUCUCCUCACACCAUGAUGAAGUCAGUCCUGGUUGUUAUAAGAGUCAUUCCUAACUGCCUAAAGUGUAAAUAGAAAUGCAACAAAAAAAAAAACAAAACAACCAUAAAUAGUAUUUUUAAUACUUUAUAUUUUUCACCUUUGUAUCGUGUAUGUAUUUUUUAAUUCUUCUCGCUAUAUGAGACAGGAGGAAAAUGAACAGAUUUGAACAGAUUUAUCACAGACACAGAGUGUUGGAGUUGACCACGUCCGCUCCUGCGUUCACAGAGAUGCUCGGAUUUGUUGUACUUCCUCACAUUUUUAGGUAAAAUCAGCCGAAUAACCGUGAUGUAAAAGAUGUAUUUGAACGGUCUGUCUGCUUCCUCCUCCCUGUCUGUAAGGCGUAGCCCUGUGAAUAACAUCCCUCCGACAUCACUUUUAUUUCCUCUGUAAAUAUACACAUUAAGGACGGCCUCGCUCUUUGUUUAUUUGUUUGUUUGUUUGUUUGUUUGACGUGCAUGCCUAUAAAUAUUGUCAAUCCUCUAUCAGUAUUAACAUGCAGCAGUAUUUUGUUAUGGGAGUAGAGAUACUAUGAGACGAUGUUGUGUUAUUUUCUAUGGACAGUACUCAGGAUUACAGUGUCUCCGUCUCACUUGUUAGUGGACGUUAUCACUGAGUGGGUGAAUGAAGGACAGUGCUAUGCAAACGACUGAGUGAUAAUAAACUGCAGUAGUAAAAAAAA